AUGGAGUAUGCAAGGCGCCAGCAGCAGAAGGAGACAAACCAAAAGGCCAUGAAUAAAGAAAGGGAAGCUGCAAAGGAGAAACUUCAUAAACUAUUAUCUGAGAAGAUUGACAAAGAACGGCAGCAGCGGGAAGACAUGGAGCGGGUGCGUGAAGAACUUUACUUAGAGGAGCAGCAAGAGGCUAACAGACAGAGGGAGAUCUUGGAAAUGGAGAAGAAGAUCCGUCAGCGGUUGAUGAUGCAGCAGACUUGUCAGCAGCAAAUGGCUUUCAAAGAAGUGCAAAGACAAGCAGAAAGAGAAGAAGAAGAAGCUUUCCGAAAGAUUAUGCUUGUCAAGUUUGCUGAGGAUGAUCGAAUAGAGCAGAUGAAUGCUCAAAAACGUCGUAUGAAGCAGCUGGAACACAAACGCGAAGUAGAGAAACUCAUAGAGGAACGGAGACGGCAGCAUGAGGCCGAUAAGGAGUUUGUUGCAAAAGAACAAGCUCUUGAAGAGGAGAGGGAGGCACUGCGUAUGAAAAUCAUUGAAGAAGAGAGACAGAAGCUUCUUAAACGUCAUGCAAAACAGCUACUUGGUUACCUUCCUAAGGGCUUGCUUCGUGUAGAUGACCUCGCGCAUUUAGAUGAAGACUUCAGAAAAAACUUUCAAACUCGUGACGCUGAUAUCUUCUCAGAAGACGACUGGGAGGACUAUAAUUAA